CCGAGGCGCUUUCGCUUUCGCUUCCCGGGAGGCGCUUGGGCGGCGCGCGCGAUGGCGGCGGCGUCCGUGGAGGUGCGCGGGGUCCCCGGCGACGUGGCGGACGAGCUGCUGGUGCUCUACUUCGAGAACCGGCGCCGCUCGGGAGGGGGCGCCGUGCAGAGCUGCCGCCGGAGGGGCGCCCGCGCCACGCUCACCUUCGAAAGCGCCGAGGACGCCCAGCGGGUCCUCUCCAGAACGGACCACCGGCUGCAGGACGCCCACCUGACGGUGCACCCAGCUGCCCCUCGGGAUUAUGGGAAGGUGGUCCUGCAAGGCCUGAACCCCCAGACCAGUCAGGACCUGGUGGAGCUUUACGUGGAGAGGAUGUUGAACUGUGAGAGUGGCGUCUGCCCCGUCUUCCGCAGCCACAGAGGGGAUCAGGCCCUGGUGCAGCUGACCAAUCCGCUCAGCAAUGCAGAGUUCCUGGCCUUGGGGGAGCAUGUGCAGAGUCGGCCGCUGGACGGGGCCCACCUGGCGCUGGACUGGGUGGAGCAGACGGACGGCGUGCUGGUGCAGCGUGGGGAGGGCCCCGGCCCCAGCCCCCUCAGUCAGGACCUGCUGGAGCUGUACUUUGAGAGCAAGCGCAGCGGUGGGGGGCCAGUGCGGGCCGUGAGGCUGCUUCAGGGGGCCACGGUGGCUGUCGUCUCCUUCCAGAACCCAGCAGUGGUGGAGAAAGUGCUGCAGAAGACCCACCGCCUCCCAGAUGGCAUCUUGGCUGUCUCCCCCCACUACGACUUCCUGGAGCCCCCAGAGCAAGAAGGAGCCCCUCUGGGGGACACGGGGACCCCCUUUGCCCUCCUUCCCCUCCCGGAAGCCUUCCCCCGGCAGCUGCUGCAGGUGGACCUGGUCCUCCGGGAGCUGAACGCCCCUGCCCCGGAAUGCGUGAUCGCCCUGGGCGAAGCCGGCCUGCGCGUCUCGGGGGGCGACCCACUGCGCCAAAAGUGGCUGCUGGAGCAUGUCCAGGGGGUCCUGCAGAACGUGAUCCCCGAGCGCCUGCCCUUCUCCGCCUGGGUCCUGGACUUCCUUCGGCAGGAGGAUGUGCGGAGUCGCCUGGCGGAGCUGCUGGCCGAGCGGGGGCUGGGCGCCUGCUUCCUCCCCGCUGCGGACGAGGUGGUGGUGGCGGCCCUGAGGCCCGAGACGGCCCGCCUGGCCACCGAGCUGCUGGGCUCCUCCCUGGGCCACUUUGCCCUGCCCUUGUCGGAGAGGCACCUGCCGGCUCUGGCCUCCCCCCGCUGGGCCCAGCUGCAGGGGGCGCUUCCCUGCUGCCUGGUGCGCCUGGACCAGGGCGGGGAGCAGCUGGAGGGCCUGACCCUGGCUGGCAUGGAGCCGGAGAACCGGGCCCGGCUGGCCGCCUUCCUGCAGGAGAGCAUGCCCGACGAGGCCCUGGUGGCCAUGGAGCCGGGCGCUCUGCGCUACCUGCAAAGGUACUACCAGGACGUGCUGGCGGGCAUGGGCAGUGUCACCCUCCUGCCCCUGGAAGGAGACGACGUCACAGGCUUGCGGCUGAGCGGGGAGGCUGGAGCCUGCCAGGCAGCAGCUGAGCUCCUCCAGAGUCUGCUCAGCGCCAUCCACACCCAGACGGUGACGCUGGAGCUGCCGGGCGUCUGCCGCUUCCUGCAGGAGAAACGGGGCCGGGAGACAGUGCAGGAGUUGGAGAGGCGCUUUCGUUGCACCAUCGACCUGGAGAGGGUCCGCUGGAGCCCCCCAGAGACGCAGCACGAACUGGAGGCGUCUCAGGAGCCGCUGGCGGUGAGCUGCCCACGUGAUUCCCCGCGUGGGCAGGAGCGGCUGGGAGCCCCAGUGGGCGCAGCUGGUGAGAGGAGUGACACCAACUUGGAAGAGAUCAAGGGUCUGCUGGCUGCCCUCCAGGCUCCCAGGCGGGGGUCCUGGUCCUUGGAGAACGUCAAGGUGGAAGAGGAAGAACAGGAGGACCUGUACACGGCCCCUGAGCCGCCCUCGCAGGCGGCAGAGGCGGCCCCUGCAGCUGCCAGGGCAGAGGGCAGUGAGGCCGCGGCGGAGGAGGAGGAGGGGGCGCUGGAGGAAGGACCCCUGGCCCUGCGGAGCAGCGCGGCCGAGGAGGAAGAGGAGGCGCAGCUGCUGCUGGCCAUCCAGCAGUCGAUGGACAGUGCCCGGCAGGAGGAAGAGGAGCUGCGCCGGGCCAUGGAGCUCUCCCUUACCAGCUGGGUGCAGGAGCAGGCGCCCAGCGCGGACGCCACCCUCCUCUCGGCCCUCAGCAUCUCCCUGGAGGACGCCAGGCAGGCGGCCGACUCGGCCCAGGUGGCCGUCUUCCUGGGAGCAGAGGAGGACGUGGCCCCCCUGGCCCAGGAGCUGAAGGAUGCCCUGCGGGCCCAGCUGCGGGAGGAGACGGUGCCCCACGCCGCCCUGCGCUCCCUGGCGCCGCCCUGCCUCGCCUACCUGGCCCACCUGGAGCGGAAGCACGCCGUGCGGAUCUCGCUGGACGGGGAGGUGGCCGUGGUGCGAGGCUUUGCCGACUACCCCGUGGCCGCCACGCGCGACCUGGCGCUGCUGCUCACCCGGCUGCUGCGCACGGAGACCGCCGGGGAUCCUGGCAAUGCCUGCUGGGUGCAUUGGGACCCCCAGGGGUCCUCCACCCCCUACUCGGCACAGGCCAGCGCCCUUCUGGAACAGGCGUGGGGUCGGGGGCUCAAGCACCUGGACAUCUUCUUUGACGGGCGUCCCUUCGCCAUUGACUUUGAGCGCAUGGAGGAGUACGACCUUGGCAGUGCCCGCACUGUGCCCAUUGGCCGCCUCCCAGGUCCUUCUGGCCCUGUGGGGCUGGACGAUGGGGAGGCCAGGCUGGUGCAGCUUGUGGAGGGAACAGAGGAGUUCCGGGAGACGGUGCGCCAUUUCUACGACACCCUGGAGGAGAUGCACAACAAGAUCCGCAUUGUCAAGGUGGAGAAGCUGCUGCACCCUCUUCUCUACCAGCAGUACCAGCUGAAGAAAGUGGCCCUGCUGAACGUUUGUGGGCGCCGGGACGUGGAGCGCAUCCUCUUCCACGGCACCACGGAGGAGUCGAGCCGCGAGAUCUGCCUGCACGGCUUCAACCGUAGCUUCUGCGGAAAGAACGCCACACGCUACGGCCACGGGGUCUACUUUGCUGUCAAGGCCGUCGUCUCGGUGCAGGAGAUGUACUCCCCCGCCAGCAGCGAUGGCAACAAGUACAUCUUUGUGACGCAGACGCUGACCGGGGACUACGCACUGGGCAAGCCGGGCAUGCGGGCGCCGCCCCUGCGGGAAGGGGACGCUGUGCCGCGGCGCUACGACAGCACCGUGGACAACCUCCAGAAUCCAGCCAUCUUUGUCAUCUUCAACGACACUCAGGCUUAUCCUCAGCACCUCAUCACCUGCCGCUGGUCCAAGCAGCCCUAGGGGGGGGGCCUGCGAGGGCUGCUGUUCCUCUCUCCCCCCGGGCUGCCAGGUGGGCAAGGAUGCCCUUGGCCAGACUUUCUGAUUUGGGCCUUCCUGAGGUGGCAGAGGAGUCUCCACUGGGCACCAGCCUUUGUUCAGACUAGGUCUCCUAAGGGCCCCGCUUUCAACAAAUUACCUCUUUUUUUGGGGGGAAGGGGGCUGCUGAUUCUGCUGCCACCUACUUGGGGCAUCACUUUGGGGUACUUUGAAGGAUGGAGAAGCCAUGCAUUAAAAGGCACACAAGGAAAAGUCAAAGCAGAGCCUGUCUUGCUUGGGGGGUGCCUCUCCACCCCCCCUUCCUUUGCUCCUUGGCUUGGCAAGAGCAGCAGAGACCAGCCUGGCAGGGAGAGUCUCAGGCUCCGCAGGUUCUUGGCAGGAUCCUGCAGUGGCCAGACAAGGGCCAGCUUAGGUGGGGAUGGGGGGGCAGUGGAGACAGGCUGCCUCUGUGCCUUUGCCCCCCAAGAAGCCCAGCGUCCUGCAGACAACUUUGGCACGUUGGCGCAUAUUCUCGUUCCAGCCUUUGAAUCUGGCUUCCCUCCCUCCUACAGCCUGAGAGUAGCCUGGAGGGGAGAGGAAUUGGAGAAUUGUAGCGCCCGAAGGGACCCCCGGGGGCCAUCUAGUCCAACCCCCUGCAAAGCAGGAAUUGCAGCUUGAUUAUCCCUGACGGAUGGCCAACCCAUCUCUGUUUAGAAACCUUUCAAACAUUUAGACAGGAUCUCCUUUCUUGUCAUUUGAAGCCAUGCGUUCGAGUCCUGCCCUCCAGAAGAAAAGAAAGCAAGCUUGCUCCAUCUCCAUCUCCCCUCCCUCUCCAGGCUAAACACCCCCAAGUCCCUCAACUGUUCCUCAUCAGUUUUGGUUUCCGGGAGCAUAAUCUGACCAGGUCCUCCUGUUUGUUUCUGGAGCUCAACGCAGCCCUGGCUUUGCUUGGCCUCAGACAGAGACCACGGAAACAGAGAGAGCUUUUCCCAUCUCCUCCUGAGCUUCCUCCUGGGCCUGGGGCAGCACUUGUUUCCCGAGAGCUGGAGGGAGCAGCCAUGGGGCUGGGGGCUCCUCCCUCCUGGCGCUGCAGAACUGAACUGGGCACCUUCCAGGGCAGGCGGCAGUGGCUUCUCUGGCUAGCAGGAGUUUCCAGUUCCUUCGCACACCACAAGGGGGUGCUCUCGUCUCGCCCACCUUGGCCGCUUGAU